UGUUAACUAUAGAAGAAGUAAACAAUAAAAGGAAAAAAUGAAGUGCUUAAAAUAGUAAAACAUAAUUCGAAAAAUUUUAAUAAUAAAAAUAUUCCCAAUUUAUUUUAUUUAUUUAAUUAUUAAACAUCAUCAUACGUCACUACAGGCUUUUGUCUGGUUUUUCUUCAUUUGUUUUGCACUGAACUCUCUUUGAUUUACAAUAUUAUUCUCUUUGCGCGCCGUUAAAUUAAAAGAUUUACCUAGCUACGCUCUCUUUGUUGCAUUUGAUUUAUUAAACAUUUUGUUUUAAAUCUAAUUUUGCGUGUAUUUUGGUCUACACAUUUUUCUUGAAAUACGUCGCAAAUUUUUUACAUAAAGAAAAAACUCUCCAGCAGAAUAUAUCUCUCGACCAGCUCCAACAUCAAACCAAUUAACAUUUGACACCACCCAAAAACGUAUUUUUACUCUCAUUGGGGAUUGUUAAGGCAAAAAGGAGAAAGUAUAACAAAGAACUUUAACAGUAAUUCACAUUGGGGUGGGUCUUACAUUAUCCACCGUUUUCUAAUAUCCUUUUAACGUGAGAGUGAACAAAAGAGAAAGUAAAUUAAAUUUUUGUUUUGUGACAUUUAAAGUGCAACGGAAUUAAAAAGAAAAUAAAAAAUCAUCAUUAUAAACAUCUGUGUGUAACGGUAAUUCUCCGCAAUAACCUUACGAACUGUUGCUGUCUACAACAAAUUUAUUAUUCUCCUUUAUUAUCACCGUAACAACAUUUUGUCAUCAUUGUAAUACCAACAAACCGAUAUACAUACAUAUACCUAACUACCAGCUGUUUGGCGGAUAUACUAAAACACCCUUAAAGGAAGAAAGCAAAAAGUGGAAAAAAGCAAAUAUAAAAUAGUUGGCCUUCUCAAGGGCACAUACUACCAAUAUACUAGAUAGAAAAUAGUAGUAGUUGUAAAUAACUAUAGCACUAUUCCAUCAUUCCAUAGCAAUUUCCUCUCUGACCCCCCAAAAACUUAAAUACUACUGCAACCAGUCAGGGUUUUAUAUAUUAUAGUUAAUAUUAUACUUAUUACGAUGACAAUGGCGGCGGAACUAGUUUCAAGGCCGUUACAAAAAACUCGUCGCAACUUCUACACAAUGUCCGCCUCAUCUUCUGCCUCAUCCUUGUAUGCUUCAUCAUCAUCAGCAGCACACACAUCAUCAUCAUCGCCUUCAGCAACAAAGUCGCUGUUACAUCUAUUAUGCUUUACUGUGAUAUUUUUUAAUUUUAUUGCUCCCAGUAUUCAGGACUGCAUCUGGUAUGGAGUCUGUAAUACAGAUGAUUUUCAACGUAACCAGUAUUGUGCAUACAAUGGUACGGCGAAACCCAUUUCGCCAGAGGGUAGAAAACUCUUACAAGAACGUUGUGGUUAUCUUUUAGAGAAUGAUGCAACGGAUUUUUGCUGUGAUAGCCAACAGGUGGAUAUUCUGAAUAAGAAUAUUAAAUUAGCUGGUAAUUUCCUAGAUCGUUGUCCCUCAUGUAUGGCUAAUUUAGUGCGACAUUUAUGCGAAUUUACAUGUUCACCCAGGCAAUCGGAAUUUAUUCACGUUGUUUCAACCGAAAGCAACAAGGAUGGAAAAUUAUACAUCAACAAUAUUGAUUUACAUAUAACAGCCAACUACACAAAUAGUACCUACAAAUCAUGCUCUCAGGUAUCGGUACCUUCAACCGGUCAACUUGCUAUGGAUAUAGUAUGCGGUGAUCAUGGUGCAUCACGCUGUAGUGCCACCAAAUGGUUUAACUAUAUGGGUGAUGCCAAUAAUAUUUAUGUACCUUUUCAAAUAACCUAUGUACAGCAUGAAAAUAACUCGUCCUCUAAAGACGGUUACCGUCCAUUGGAUCCUCCAACAGUUCCUUGCAGUAGUCCAUUAAAUGAUAAGACACCAGCUUGUUCCUGUACAGAUUGUGAAGCAUCAUGUCCAAUACCACCACCCGAACCGCCAGCACCACAACCUUUUACUAUAGCUGGAUUUGAUGCUUUUACUGUUAUUAUGAUAGCCGUCUUUAUUGUUGGCAGUUUAUUGUUCCUUAUGGGCGUAUGUUUAUUCCCUUCCAAAAAUAUGGAUGUUUUGUUAGGUGAUGGUUUGGUGGAUAAUCGUUAUAGUUCGUCCAUUGGCAGACGUUUCACUGGUGAUCACAGUGUCAGCAAUGAGUUGGCACCCGAGGAGGAUUCACCCCUGCAAUCAAAAAUAUCCAGUGAUGGCAAUGAAGUGGAUGGCGUCAACAAUGAUGGUAUUGAUAUUGUCAUUGAAUCAGAUUCUGGUUACUUUGAACACUUGGGUGCUAAAACGGAAAAAUGUUUGGAAACCAUGUUUACCGCUUGGGGUAAAUUUUUCGCCACCUAUCCUUGGCUAACAUUAUUGGGUGGUUUGGUAUUUGUGGCUGCUCUUGGUUUUGGCAUAAAAUUCCUACACAUCACUACCGAUCCGGUACAAUUAUGGGCUUCGCCUCAAUCACGUUCUCGUGUAGAACGUGAAUUCUUUGACUCUACCUUCCAGCCUUUCUAUCGCAUCGAACAAAUCAUUAUAAAGGCUGUUGACUUAGAUAAUAUUGUGCACAACACCUCAAAUGGUCCCUUAGAGUUUGGUCCAGUCUUUGAUAAACAAUUUCUAACGGAUGUUUACAAUUUACAAGAGGAUAUUAAGAAUUUGGGACGAGAUAUUGAGGGUGCCACCAUGCUUAAGGAUAUAUGUUAUGCUCCUUUGGUUUCUGGAGGCCAGGAUAAAGUGAAAACUUCCGAUUGUGUGGUUCAAUCAAUAUGGGGUUAUUUUAGAGAUGAUUUAGAACGUCUAGAUGAUGAGGAUGAUGAUAAUGGUUUCGAGGUUAAUUACUUGGAUGAACUAUAUCAAUGUAUUCGCAAUCCCUAUUUAUGUUUGGCUCCUUAUGGCGGACCAGUUGAUCCUGCCAUUGGUUUGGGCGGUUUCCUAAAACCCGGCGAACAAUUGGGUUCAAAUACAAAAUAUGAACGUGCUACUGCUAUAAUUUUAACCUUUUUAGUACGCAAUCAUCAUGAUAAAGAAAAGCUGGGCCCAGCCUUGGAAUGGGAACAACGUUAUGUUGAUUAUAUGGUCAACUAUACAAAAUACAAUAUGAGCAAACACAUGGAUAUUGCUUUCACCUCGGAACGCUCAAUUGAAGAUGAAUUGAAUCGUGAAUCUCAAUCGGAUGUUUUAACCAUACUGGUGUCUUACUUGAUAAUGUUUGCCUACAUUGCCAUCUCUCUGGGUCAUGUGCAAGAGUUGGGUCGUGCUUUCAUUGAUAGUAAAAUAACUUUGGGCGUUGGAGGUGUAAUAAUAGUUUUGGCUUCAGUGGUAUCAUCAGUUGGUGUCUUUGGUUAUAUUGGAGUUCCUGCUACCUUGAUUAUUGUAGAGGUUAUACCCUUUUUGGUGUUGGCCGUUGGUGUGGACAAUAUAUUCAUUCUGGUGCAAACCUAUCAGCGAGACAACCGCCGAACUGAUGAAACCCAUGAAGAACAUAUUGGCAGAAUAUUGGGUCGUGUGGGUCCUUCCAUGUUGCUGACUUCGAUUAGUGAAAGCUGUUGCUUCUUUUUGGGCGGCCUAUCUGAUAUGCCAGCCGUUAAAGCUUUUGCUUUAUAUGCCGGUAUGGCUCUACUCUUUGAUUUCCUGCUACAAAUCACCUGUUUCGUUAGUUUGUUGACAUUGGAUACUAAACGGCAAGCUGAAAAUCGUUUGGAUGUCUGUUGCUUUAUACGUGGCAAGAAAACUGAUGCUGCUCCCAUUACUGAAGGUCUGCUGUAUAAAUUCUUCAAGAGUGUCUAUGUUCCAUUCCUAAUGAAGAAAACUGUUCGUGUUGUGGUUAUGAUUAUAUUCUUUGGUUGGCUGUGCUCUAGUAUAGCCAUAGCACCGCGCAUUGAAAUUGGCUUGAAUCAGGAACUUUCUAUGCCCGAAGAUAGUUUUGUGUUGCAUUACUUCCAAUCGUUAAAUAAAUACUUAAGUAUUGGUCCACCAGUUUAUUUUGUUUUGAAAUCUGGCUUAAACUUUUCCACAACAUUCGAUCAGAAUCUAGUGUGUUCGGGACAGUUUUGUAAUGACGACAGUGUGGGCACACAAAUUUAUUUGGCUAGCAAACGUUCCAAUGCCACGUAUAUAGCACGACCAGCUUCUAAUUGGAUUGAUGACUACUUCAGUUGGAGUCAGGCCUCAAGCUGUUGCAAAUAUGACCCAAAAACUGGAGAUUUUUGUCCGCAUCAAGAUACAUCUUGUGAACCCUGUGUCAUUAAUCGCGACAGUUUGAGACGUCCUGAUGAAGUUGACUUUGGCAAAUAUUUACCUUUCUUCCUGCAAGAUAAUCCCGAUGAUUCAUGUGCUAAAGCUGGUCAUGCUGCCUAUGGCGAUGGCGUACGCUAUAGAUAUUUACCAAACUCCAAUGAAACCUCUGUUGAAUCCUCCUACUUUAUGGCCUAUCACUCGAUAUUGAAAACAUCCGAAGAUUACUAUUUCGCUUUGCGUUCGGCACGUAAAAUAGCAGCAAAUAUAACACACAUGAUACAGGGACGUCUUAUGUCACAAGGUCUACCCUUCGAGGAAGCCAUACAAGUUGAAGUUUUCCCCUAUUCCGUAUUCUACGUAUUCUAUGAACAGUAUCUAACCAUGUGGCCAGACACCCUACAAAGUAUGGGUAUAUCGGUUUUGGCAAUUUUCAUUGUAACAUUCCUAUUGAUGGGUUUCGAUAUACACUCAUCUCUGGUUGUGGUCAUUACAAUUACUAUGAUUGUUAUAAAUCUCGGCGGCAAUAUGUACUAUUGGAAUAUAUCUUUAAAUGCUGUCUCAUUGGUUAAUCUUGUUAUGGCUGUUGGCAUUUCGGUGGAAUUCUGUUCACAUUUGGUUCAUAGUUUUUCGAUAUCAACUGAAGGUACACGCGAACGACGUGCUGCUGAUUGUCUUACCAAAAUGGGCAGUUCGAUAUUUUCGGGCAUAACACUGACGAAAUUUGGCGGCAUCUUAGUAUUGGCUUUUGCUAAAAGUCAAAUCUUCCAAGUUUUCUAUUUUCGAAUGUAUUUGGGUAUUGUUUUGAUUGGUGCUGCACAUGGUUUAAUAUUUUUACCAGUUUUACUAAGUUAUAUUGGCGUGAUGCAAGGUCCCCGUGGAAGAUCAAUCAACAGUAACAUUAGAACCAAAACAACACCCACCAAUACUAAAAAUACAACAUCCCCAGCAAGAACAACAGCAGCAACUAGCUUUCAUCCAGACGAAGCAAUCAUCGAAACUACUAACAGCUUUUCUCCAAUGUAUACAUCAGCCUCCCAAUCAUCCUUCGGAAGUAUAAAUUCAGCAACAAAUCUACAACCCACUGGUGGUUAUAGACGUAUACCAGAACAUUAAAAAUUUAAGUUUUAAUAUAAUUUUCCAUUUUUUUUGUUUUGUUUUCUUUCAAAUAUUAUUAAUAUUUAAAUAUAAUAUAUAACAUAAGCCUGGCUGAGCCACCAUCAUAAAUCAUUUAAUGGGAAUUUAGAAACUUAAAUCAAUGAACUUCUUCUUAUUUUCCAUUUACAUUUAAAUUUCCAUUUUAGCUAAAUUUGGAGUUCAAAAGUGUUAGAAAUAUAGUUUCCAACUACAGUCUUAUACAAUGAAAGCAUAUCUUAAGAAAUCUAAAGAUUAUUUUUUUUUUUUGUCUUAAACAACGUAACAAUUAUUUGGUUUAUUAC